UCAUUAUUUCAAAUAAUUCCACAACCUUCAUAUUUCCAGUUAAGUUUACAUAGACGUACACAACUCAAUAACUGAAUUGGAAAUCAUUGCACAACUCAAUUUUACAGCAAUGAUUUUGUUUGGGCCAUUUCCUGUUGUCUUCUGAAAUUGUAUGGAACAUCAUCCCUACGACACUUUAGACUUGUGUUCUUUGUCUUCUACUUCUUCUUACUUCUAUGAGAACAUUCCUUGUGGUGGUCCGUAUGGUGACGGCUGUGGUGAAUUGUUUUCAAAGGCCUCAAUACCUGGUCACGAACUGUUCUGUGAUGCCAUUCCAGUACCUUGUCCCUUUUCUGGUUGUGAUCAACGUCCAGCGCGGAAGGAACUAGUCUCUCACGAGUUGAAUUGCUCUUUUUUACCGGUGCCUUGUAUUCAUGAAGGCUGUGUAGAACGCCCAAGGAAGAUUGAUCUCAGCUCACAUCUUGAAGCUUGUGAGGCUUGUGAUACUAGAAAUGAAGACGGACACUGUGCGCAUAUUGACCAACUUGAUGCGUUUUUGGCGGAAAUACUAGGUGAGCAUCCCCACACUUCGUUUUCGGAGUACUUCUCGGACGUUUCUAGUAAUUACGGCAGCCAACGCGAUUUCUGGGAGGACUGCCUUUCAAAAGACUGGCACUCGGAGGAGAAAGUACGGUAUGCACAGUGUGAAAAUGUGCAGUCGAUUGAUAUUAAAAAGAACCUUGAUACGGGGCCGAGCGCGGUAGAGACUUUGGCUGAUAUGGGGACUGAGUCUUCGUCUUGGAACACUUCGAACUGUAGUGCUUAUUCUUUGAACCAAAUUGUUGACAACACUGAAACGAGUACCGAAAGUAAACUUCGACCUAUCGAGAAGGAUAGAUAUGUUGUUGUAGGACAACCUCCAGUAUUUUCUCCACCUCCUUGUGCGUCGAAGGAUGAGGUUAGGUUGCUUCGACAAAAACAUUUGGAGUCGCUGAAAAAUCUUACUCCAGAAGAACGGUUAGAGAGAAGAAAGAUGCGAAACAGACAAAAUGCUGUGUUAUCGAGGAAAAAGAGAUAUGAAAGGCUUGAACACCUUAAGAGACGAAGACAAGAAGUGAAAGAGCGUUUACAACAACUAGCUUCCUAUAUGACAGACUUAAGAAAAUAUGCUCUCGAACUUCAUGAAAGGCGUGAUAAAUGUAUCUUCCUAUUGUAUUCAAUACGUCAACUGACAGCGGAUCUACGCCGUUAGGUAGUUUGGUGAAAAGUUUCUUUAUAUGAAUGUAAUCUUUUAAAACACUAAUGUCUUGCUUUGUACAUGUACCACGUACAUAAAGUCUAAUUUUUUUUAUUUGACUAAAAAUUUUGGACAGUUUUGCGGCUACCUAGCUUUUUUCAUUUUCUUUUUUCCGUUCCUUGAAUGAAUAUAACUAAAAGUUUCAAGGAUGUUCGUAGAUGUUUUCAGGAUUCAACGCCACAACAUUCUUUGACAGCGAUAAAAAAGAGGCAAAGACCUCCUUUAAGUAAACAAUUAUUUCCGGAUUUCAUUUUGCUUUCAAAGAGUUUCCUAUCCUAACGAGUCUAUUCGGUCGAGUUCUCCAGAACAUGUUUUAAGGGUGGAAACAACUAGAGCCAUGAGAUCUGAUAAAAAUGAAUCACUUUCAUGAAUGUUUAUCAGCAGCUAGUGACUAGCGUAGAAUCGUAUCAUGAAAGCCUAAGUCGACGUGUCGGCAAGAAUAUUCUUUUACAUUACAGUCUAAUGUCAGUAGCUUCGUAAUAAUUCUACAUCAGCAGUUGUUGCAGUUGGACCUUGUAAAACGUCAUAUUAGAAGAUUAUCAUUCGAAUACUCGUUCGAAUGCUGUUGUAAUAACUAUUCUUUCGUUGAUGAUAGCAAUCUGCUUGUUCCUUAUACUGUUUCAUAUUCAAGAUGCCUUAUAUAAAAAUUCAAAUA